UGGAGCCAGUUUGCAUCGAAGGGAAUCCUAGUUAAGAAGGAUACCAGAAGAAAGUGUCUUCCAUCACUAAUGUGCAACUUUGCUUAACAGGUCGAGGAUUACAACAAAAGGAUCAACUCUAUUACUUCAUUAAAAUCUUGAAAUGGAAUGUUUCUGAGCAUAGUCGAUUCCCUGCAUGCUGCCAGACGAGCUUGUACAGGAGAAGAGCCUUAAAGAUGGAUAUGGAAGAAUUUCCUCCCCCGCCUGCUGAAAUUUUGGAUGACGAUGAAGAUGAAGGGGAAGCCUUUGAUUUCGAUGACAGUGGGGAUGACAUCCCAGAAGUUGACAAGCCACCACCGAAGCCCAGCAAUGAGGAUCAGAGUUCCGGGGACCUUGUGUGUCAUCCGGCAGAGGGUGAUGUUUCCAGUAUGGCUCCCCAAAUACCUUCCAUCUUCCCUGACAGCCCACCUUCAGCAGAACCAUCUGAAGCUGACGGGGCGGAUCAAAAGGAGCUCGAUCUACCACUGCCCCCUCCACCUGAGGACGUUCUAGAAACAGAUGCAGGAAAUGAACAGCAGGAAGUGUCCAGCCAUGUCCAAAGUGUCCCAAAGAGCUCCUCCAAAGUCAACCCCUACUCUGUGAUUGACAUCAGUCCUCUUGAGCCGCAACAGCUCGAGCAGCUCGAUUGCUCCCUUUCUCCUUCCGAACCAGGAGAGCCCAAGGAACAAGUUGGAGAAGCCUCGGAUUCCCACAGCAGCCCCGGUGGCAUCACCUCAGGCUAUUCCGUACCAGUGCCCUGCGGCUAUGCAACUCCAUCCGGCGUACCGCUUAUCACGCCUGCUUACACCACACCUGUGAUCAUUCGACACUUCUCUGCGGAUGAGGAUGUAACAGUGAUUCGGACUGGCAACAUUUCCGCUGACAGUGUUUUCAGUGAAGAGUUUCCACCUAUUAGAGAGGAGGAUGCUUUGGCGAAGUGGGCAUCGGAUCCUGCCAAUACUUCAUGGAUGGAAAAUCCCGAUGAGGUGAUUUAUGAUGAUGUGCCCAGGGAGAACUCUGAUUCCAACACAGAACCAGAUGAGAUGAUUUAUGACGACGUGGAGCUCGGUGAGGAAGGAGGUUCUCUCGACAAUGGCUGGAGCUCCAGUGAGUUCGAAAGCUACGACGAGGCGAGCGAUGGGGAAGGGCAUUCUGAGAAUGGCCUGCCCAACGCUUUCAUGAGGGGGACCCCCGCCCAGAAGAAAACCCAUCUCUCUCAAGAUCUGAGCCGCUUGAAAGAGCACUAUGAGAAAAAGAUGAAAGAUCUAAUGGCAAAUACAGUCGGAACUGUCGAGCUGCAGCAGCUCAAACAGAAACACGAGCAGAAGAUGCAAAAGUUGGUGAAAGCAGCUAAAGAAGGGACCAAAGAUGGGCUUGAGAAAACCAAAGCUGCAGUUAAGAAGGGCCGUUCUUUCAUCAAAACCAAGUCUUUCUAUAAUGAGAGGAAGUCUACCUGUUUUGAAGAUGAGGAGUCCGAAUUCUUCAUUGAGGUCGAUUGUUUUAACGUUGAGCCAAUUUUGGGUCCAGCCCCGGAAGGGCUUUCACAGCAGCAGCUGGUGAGACGCUGUAUAUUGGGCUCUAUACUGGAAAGUGAGAAGAACUAUCUUGAUGCAUUGAAGAGAAUCCUAGAGCAAUAUGAAAAGCCCUUGUCCCAGAUUGAACCAAGGUUACUGAGUGACAGGAAACUGAAGAUGACCUUCUAUAGAGUGCGAGAGAUCCUGCAGUGCCACUUCUUGUUCCAGAUCGCUCUGGCGAGUCGAGUGGCUGAGUGGGACAACUCGGCCAUGAUCGGGGAUGUCUUUGUUGCCUCGUUCUCAAAGUCUAUGGUGCUGGAUGCCUACAGUGAGUACGUGAACAACUUUAGUACGGCGAUGUCAGUGGUGAGAAAAACAUGUGCUUCAAAACCUGGCUUCCUGGAAUUCCUAAAGCAUCGUCAAGAAACAAACAGUGACAGGAUGACUUUGUAUGGCCUGAUGAUGAAACCAAUCCAAAGGUUUCCACAGUUCAUUCUGCUCCUCCAGGACAUGCUCAAAAACACACCAGUGGGCCAUGCAGACCGCCUGCCCUUGCAGAUGGCCUUAACAGAACUGGAGACCUUGGCUGAGAAGCUCAAUGAAAAGAAGAGAGAAGCUGAUCAGCGCUGCGAGAUACGUCACAUAGCAAAGGCUAUGAAUGAACGUUACCUUAACAAGCUCCUGAGUAACGGUAGCCGCUACCUGAUCCGCUCAGACGACAUGGUGGAGACAGUCUACAAUGAGCGUGGUGAAGUCAUGAAAACAAAGGAGCGCCGCCUUUUCCUACUCAACGAUGUUCUCAUGUGCGCCACGCCCAAUAUUCGGUGCCAGGACGGCAGUAGUAGUGGCAGUGCUCCAUUAGACCAACGCUUCCUUCUAAAGUGGAGUGUUCCUUUGAGCUUCGUAGAAUCGCUGGAGUUUGGAUCCAGUGAGGACAUUCCUGACACCACCCGUUACCCUGCCUCCCAUUCUGGGGAGAAAGUGGUCCUCAACGCAAAGCCAAAUAAACUCUACAUGGGCCCAGGUCAGCUGUACCAGGAUCUGCAGAACCUAAUUCAUGACCUCAGCCUGGUCAACCAGAUCUCCAGCAUGAUCAGCAGCCUCAAAGGCAACUACCAGAAUGUGAAUCCCACAGUGGCCCAGGACUGGGUAUCGGGUCUCCAGAGGCUGAUUCUGAAGAAGGAAGAAGAGAUUCGGGCAGCUGACCGUUGUAGAAUCCAACUCCAGCUGCCUGGCAAACAAGACAAGUUAGGCAAAGCUACAUACUUUAGCGCAGUGUUCAAUACGCUCAACCCUGCCAUUAAACAAUCAUGGAUCAGCAACUUGCAAAUGGCGAAACUGGCUUUAGAGGAGGACAACCUUCAGGGCUGGUUGUUUGCAGAAGAUGAUGGAAAUCAACUUAAAAAGCAGAAACAUCCUCUCUUACUCAAACAGAUGCCAGUGGUGAUGUCGAAACUACAAGAGUUCAAGGUGGAGUGUGCGGUCCACAACCCGGAGCCCUACAUCAACACUGAGAGCACUGCAGACACUCCGGUCGUGGGUCAUGGUUGUGUCUGGGUUGCAAGUUGCACCAAUCAGAUGGGCCAAAUAGCCAUUGUUGCCAUGCAAAGCUGCAGCCCAAAGGUGACAGAGUGCUUUAAUGUGGAGUCCCGUAUCCUGUGCAUGGCGUUCGUCCCAGCAGAGGAGCCUCGGGAGAAUGACGACAAAGUCCAACAAAGCAACCAGCUGCCAAAAACGGGCGCUACACCCACUGUCUGCCUGGGCAUGGAGGAGGGCAGCAUUAUUGUCUAUAAAAGCAGCCAGCGGUCCAAGAAAGUGCGCUUGCAGCAGUUCUUCACCCCAGACAAAUCCACUGUCACCAGCUUGUCCUACAUGAAAGGCUGUUUGUAUGCUGGCCUGGUCAGCGGCUCUGUGGCCAUCUACUCCAGAUCACAAGAUGGGUUAUGGAUCACCGAUAAGCCCAAGGUGGUGAAGCUGGGAGUCUUGCCGAUCAAAGCUAUGCUGGCUGUGGAAGAGCACCUUUGGGCUUCAUCCGGUGGGCAGGUCUUCAUCAUUAGCACACAGACUCACUGUGUGGAGACGCAAUUGGAGGCCCAUCAGGAGGAGGGUAUGGUGGUGUCCCACAUGGUGGCGGCUGGUGUGGGCAUCUGGAUUGCCUUCAGCUCAGGUUCCACCUUGCGCCUCUUUCACACCGAGACCCUGGAGCAUCUGCAGGAUAUCAAUAUUGCAACGCCUGUCAACAAUUUAUUGCCUGGAAACCAGAGAGUGUCAGUAAGCAGUUUGCUGGUUUGCCAUGGCAUGCUGCUCGUCGGAACCAACCUUGGCGUGACCGUGGCCCUCUCCGUCCCCAGACUACAGGGUAUCCCCAAGGUCACAGGUCGCGGCAUGGUAUCCUUGCAUGCUCACAACGGCCCAGUUAAGUUCCUAACCGUGGCCACAGCGGUGUGCAACCGAACCCCAGGCCUCUCAUGCCCCGCCUCUUCAGCGUCAGCCCAGCAAGGGGAGCCAGAGGAUGGAGAAGGUGCUCUGCCACCCUCAGACUUCACUUUAACCGCGCUUCAGAGCCAAGGAGUAUGGCUGGGAGAGGCAGGCUGCACCGCCAUGGCUCUCCAGGACUCACGACCUUCUUCAUCCUGCAGCUCUUUAGUUCAGUCCCAAAGUUCCUUGGAGCACGGGCCAGAGGACGGAGCCCUUUACGACGUGCUUCAUGAUCCGGCCCACCAUCAGAGGGGCCGUCGCACCAGCAAAGUUGAUGUCAGUUCUCUCCUGGUGGUCUCUGGAGGUUUGGGACACCGCCGGGUGAACAAAAAGACCAAACAGUCACGCCAUGAGGACAACACCUCGACCAUCCUAAUCUGGCAGAUCCCCUUGCUCAACAUGUGACACACCAAUACACCAGUAAAACAGAAUGGAAUUACCAAUAAGCCGCUUUUGAAAGAGGAUAUUAUAAUCAUACAAAUGUCUUUUGAGUCCUUUCAAGCAUAUAUAUUUGUACAGUGGAUUUGAUAAACCCUUUUUCAAAUGCCAUUUUUUUGUGAUAUGAAAGAAUGAGACCAAGAUUUAAAAUUUCAAUAUCUUGAUACCUGGUGUUACACUAAUAUUUAUAAAGCAAUGUCAAUGAACAAACGCCAUAUUUAAACCAGAAUGACAGAACUUGCCUCCACUACAGUAUUCCUGAUAUCUCAUUGCAAGAAAAAUGAAAAUGAACUCUUGUUGUUAAAACAGACUGCAGGCUAAUAUCACAUGAGUUGCCACUGUUUUUUGUUUGUUUGUUUGUUUGUUUGUAUAAAUUGUACAAGACCACCGUUUAUAAACCUGUGUUGAGACUUUAUUUUUUUUCUGCAUAAGUCAUGAGUCAAGUUACAAAGUGGUUUUUAUAUCGUUGCCCCCCCCUGCCAAGACUUGUCAAGGUGUAAAUAUGGAAAGUUCACGCAAGAGUUUUGAGGGAGCUCAGACGAACGUGCUUUGAGUAAUAUAAAAUAUUUCCUGGAACUAGCCCACUGUUUCCACUCGUGUUUAAAAAGGUGAAGUAACGUUGACUGAUUUGCUUUGGGAAGAUUAGGAUGUCUGGCUGGCCAGUAUUCUCCACAAAGAUUUAUUUGUUAUUGACUAGGAAAGUUAGUUUCUUCAGCCUCUUAAUCCUUUCACUUAAGAAUAUUUAAGAGACUGUUAAAUCAUGCUUCUAUUUUGUUGUUGAAUACAUUUGUAUGUAUAGUACUGUACUUCUGUUAUGUUAUUAAUCUAUAAACGUAGGUUUAUUGUGA